AUGGGCUCCCGAGGAGCCUUGUGCUCCCGGAGCCGCCUGCGCUCAACCGCUGCAGGACUGAGUUCAAUGGCCGAAAAUGAAGACGCCCUCCUCAGACAUUUAUUCCAAGGCUAUCAGAAAUGGGUGCGCCCCGUGUUACAUUCCAAUGACACCAUAAAAGUGCAUUUUGGAUUGAAAAUAUCUCAACUCGUAGACGUGGAUGAAAAGAACCAGCUGAUGACGACCAACGUGUGGCUCAAACAGGAGUGGACAGACCACAAAUUACGCUGGAAUCCUGAUGAAUAUGGAGGAAUUAACUCAAUCAAAGUUCCAUCAGAGUCUCUCUGGCUUCCUGACAUCGUUCUCUUUGAAAAUGCAGACGGACGUUUUGAAGGCUCCCUCAUGACCAAGGUCGUAGUGAAAUCCAAUGGAACUGUCAUUUGGACUCCGCCUGCCAGUUAUAAAAGCUCCUGCACCAUGGAUGUCACAUUUUUCCCGUUUGACCAACAGAACUGCUCCAUGAAGUUUGGAUCCUGGACGUACGAUGGUACCAUGGUGGUACAAGACUGGAAACGCGUAGCGCAAGUCCUUGACCGAAUCUUCCUGGGGCUCUUUCUGGUAGUGUCGGUCACCGGCUCGGUUCUGAUUUUCACCCCUGCUCUGAGGAUGUGGCUACAUAGUUACCCUUAG